ACUCUCACUGUGGCGCUGCAUGGGAAGUUGCAGCCCUCAGUGCACCGGGGUUGUGCCUGUCAGCAGCUAAGAUAGCUAGCAUGAGAAUGCCAGCUCCGAUCAGACUGCGGGAGCUGAUCCGGACUAUCCGGACAGCACGGACCCAGGCAGAGGAGCGCGAGAUGAUCCAGAAAGAGUGCGCUGCUAUCCGCUCUUCCUUUAGAGAGGAAGACAAUACAUACCGUUGCAGAAAUGUGGCAAAGCUACUUUAUAUGCACAUGUUGGGCUACCCGGCCCACUUUGGGCAGCUGGAGUGCCUGAAGCUGAUUGCGUCCCAGAAGUUCACCGACAAACGAAUAGGUUAUUUGGGAGCCAUGCUGCUGUUGGACGAGAGGCAGGACGUCCACCUACUAAUGACAAAUUGCAUUAAGAAUGACUUGAAUCACAGCACACAAUACGUCCAGGGCCUGGCCUUGUGUACUUUGGGCUGCAUGGGUUCCUCAGAAAUGUGUCGUGACUUGGCUGGGGAGGUCGAGAAGCUGCUCAAAACAUCCAACUCCUACUUGAGAAAAAAAGCGGCGUUGUGUGCAGUUCAUGUCAUCAGGAAGGUUCCAGAACUUAUGGAAAUGUUCCUUCCAGCAACAAAAAACCUGCUGAGCGAGAAAAACCAUGGUGUUCUCCAUACAUCAGUUGUCCUCCUCACUGAGAUGUGUGAAAGAAGUCCUGACAUGCUGGCACACUUCAGAAAGAAUGAGAAGCUGGUUCCACAGUUGGUGAGAAUCCUGAAGAACCUAAUCAUGUCUGGAUACUCUCCUGAACAUGAUGUGUCUGGCAUAAGUGACCCUUUCCUGCAGGUGCGGAUUUUGAGACUACUGCGAAUUUUAGGCAAGAGUGAUGAUGACUCCAGUGAAGCAAUGAAUGACAUUCUUGCACAGGUUGCAACGAACACAGAGACGAGUAAAAAUGUAGGCAAUGCAAUUCUCUACGAGACUGUGCUGACUAUAAUGGACAUCAAGUCUGAAAGUGGACUGAGGGUCUUGGCCAUUAACAUACUCGGUCGCUUCCUUCUUAACAAUGACAAAAAUAUAAGAUACGUGGCAUUGACAUCUCUACUAAAGACGGUACAGACAGACCACAAUGCAGUGCAGAGGCAUCGGAGCACCAUUGUGGAUUGUUUAAAAGACCUGGAUGUGUCCAUUAAGAGACGUGCAAUGGAACUGAGCUUCGCCCUGGUGAAUGGCAACAACAUCAGAGGCAUGAUGAAAGAGCUGCUCUACUUCCUGGACUCCUGUGACCCAGAAUUCAAAGCAGACUGUGCAUCAGGAGUCUUUCUAGCUGCAGAGAAGUAUGCCCCGUCGAAAAGAUGGCACAUAGACACCAUUAUGAGAGUCCUGACAACAGCAGGGAGCUAUGUGCGAGACGAUUCUGUUCCCAACCUCAUCCAGCUCAUCACCAACAGUGUGGACAUGCAUGCCUACACAGUACAGAGACUAUACAAAGCACUCCUGGAUGACAUCUCGCAGCAACCUCUAGUGCAGGUGGCGUCCUGGUGCAUAGGAGAGUACGGGGACCUGCUAGUAUCCGGACAGUGUGAGGAGGAGGAGCCCAUCCAGGUGACUGAGGAUGAAGUUCUGGACGUGCUGGAAGGCCUCCUGGUGUCCAACCUGUCCACACCUGUGACCCGGGGUUAUUCCCUUACCGCCAUCAUGAAGCUGUCCACUCGGUUCAGCGGUGUUAACCGAAUCAAGAAGGUGGUUUCGAUUUAUGGCAGUAGCAUCGAUGUGGAGCUUCAGCAGAGAGCUGUGGAGUACAACGCACUUUUCAAGAAAUACGACCACAUGAGGCCAGCUCUCCUAGAGCGAAUGCCCAUUAUGGAGAAAAGUGCUUCUAAUGGCCCCACAGAGAUUGUACAGACAAAUGGGGAGACAGAACCCUCUGUGGUGGAGCCAAAACAUCUACCACCUGUCACCCAGCCAGUUAACCAGGCUAAUGAUUUGUUAGACCUACUGGGUGGUAAUGAUGUGGUACCAGUAAUCCAGAACACGAUGCCCACCAAGCCUGCCUCAGCUGGAGGAGAGCUGCUUGAUCUGCUGGGCGACCUCUCACUAAGUGGCGGCCCAGCCCCUGCUCCUGCUUCCUCUGUGCCCACUUCCCAACCCUCUUUCCUCAUGGAUGGCCUCUCCUCACAGCCCCUGUUUAAUGACAUUGCAGCUGCAGCUAUUCCUCCCAUGACGGCAUACAACAAAAAUGGUCUGAAAAUAGACUUCACAUUUGAGAGAGCUAAUCCCAAUCCGAACAUUGCCGUCAUCACUAUCCAUGCUUCCAACUCAACAGAGGCAGAUAUGACAGACUUUGUUUUUCAGGCUGCAGUACCAAAGACAUUCCAGCUGCAGCUCCUCUCCCCUAGCAGUAAUGUCGUCCCAGCACUCAACCAGGGAACUGUCACACAGGUCAUCAGAGUCCUCAACCCACAGAAGCAACAGCUACGAAUGAGGAUCAAGCUGACGUACACCCUCAAAGGCUCGCCUGUGCAAGACCUGGCUGAGGUUAAUAACUUCCCCCCUCAGUCCUGGCAGUGAUGAGCUGCUUCUGUUGCUCUUAAAAGCCCCCCACCAAGGGAACUAUGAAAACGAUUUUCCUUUCACCUCCCUCCUUUCUUCCAACGGAUCCCCCUGUGACGUCACUGCAGUCCGCUGCCCUCGAGUUGCAUGGGAAGCAGCAGAGCAUCUUAACACAGGAGAAAAAUGCAGAUGUUACGAAGACCCUAUUGACUAUUGACAUCACCAGAAUAAUUGGGAAAACAUAUCAAUCAAUGAACUUUCUCUUUUCUUUCUUAAUUGGUUUCCAUGAUGUCUUUUGUGUAGUAGUACUAUUUUCCACAUACACCCUCCACCCAGCACCAUUACCACCCACAAAAGCACAUAACUCACACCAUUUACUGUGGCACACUUACCCUCUCAAGUCAUUGUAGAGGAAAAAAAAGUGUUGCCCACUAUGAGCACUGCAGUAACCAUAGUUUUAUUCUGAUUUAUAAUUAAGCUAAAAUGCAGUUGAAACACUUGCUCCAUCAAUAUUUAUGAUUGGCUUUGCAUUCAGUUUUUUUGAUAUGAACCUUUUGUUUGAUGGCAGCAGAAAAAGCUUUGAAAGGUCUAUUUAGUGCAGUCAUAAACUUCUUGGAUACCUCCUUUUUUGACUCUGCAUAAUGAGUGAUAUAACUUGUCAGAGAGUUGUAUUCAUUUUGAAUUACAUUAAUUUGCUUAAAGCAUGUUUGAGCAUUGAUAGGAUCACAAUCACACCCCGACUCAAGCUCGGAGGGGAAUUUCUGGUUCUGGUAGUAUGCCCAGUUUGAUCAUCUGUGGCUGCUUUCAGAGAUUUCCCGCACAGCUCUCCUAAAAUCAUGUCAUCUGUAGUUGGUAGAUCUGUAUAAUAAAUUCAACAGUUAAUUGCUUUGCAUAGCUUGAAUAGGUUCAUUCAUUAGGAUGGAUAUAAUCCAGGCCUGAAAGUUAUCUGAAGAUAAGCUGAUUACAUUUGUGUUGGAGAUCUGCGUUUAAAGUUUUCCUGCAUCUGUGUCUUCACAGUCGAGCUAGGAAUUUAAAAUAUACAUUUCAGAUUUGUUUAACCUGGUUGAACCUAGUCACCAUGCACAUACAUGUAAAUGACGCUUGUUAUGAAUGUAGUUACAUGCACUGAAUGCUUUUUUUGCCCCACAAGUCUCUCUCUCAUAGCUGUCUUCUUUGAUGGGGAUGCUCAUCUUAUUGGCACUAUUUUUGUGAAAGUAUGUUUUAUUUCUGCAGUAAUUUGACUUAAUUAUUUAUGCCUGAUAUCAAAGUGAUGUGCCUUUCUGACUUGGCUAGAUAAAAGCCCCUGAACUAUUGAGUUCUGUAUGAGCUUCGUUUGUAAGUGUGCUUGUGUGCUGAUCGUGUUUUCAAUCGGAGGGAAAUGACCUUGAUGGAUUUGAAUUGGUAUAUCACUUCAUUUAAUAAGUUAAACUUUUCACUUCUAUAUCUCAGAAGUUAAUAAUCAUUCACGCACUAAUACCGGCCUGCCUGGAUGUCCACAGCAAUGUCUUUUUGUCUUCAUUUUGACAAAAAAUAUUUUUAGCUAUAUCCUUUCUUUCCCUAUAUAUUGUGUGGCAGACUUUCCAGUAAAAAUACCUGUUGGAUGUUAUUAAUAACAAGUCCUAAAACAGCAAAUCUCAAAUGUUAUGGCAGCUAAUAGAUAUUCCAUAGGCUGGCAUCAAGGUUUCAAGUGUUUUAAACAGUAUAAAUUGUACUAAAAUGAAAUAUAGUUAAGAUUUCCCCCCCACCCCCUCCUGUCAACAAACAAAGUGUGAGUUUGGAUCACUUAGUGAGGUACUGGGAGGGGUUGUUCUGUGCUGACUGUUAGUAUGGUUUCUUGGCUCUCGUCUUCUCUAAAUCAGAAUUCUGACCAUGCUGUCGGGGAUAGUAACCUUAAUACCUCACAAUGUUCUCUCUUUCUGUUAACGUUCAGUUGCAGUAGAUUGACAAAUUUGUUUAGUCAUGAAUUGCAAGCAAGGGGAGCAUCUGCAUGAGAGAAACUAAUGGUAGUUUGUACAUCUCAUUACUUAACAAGCUUAGCAGUCCUGCGAUGCUGUGUUGAGAUCCUCAGAUGUUUAAUCCGGCUGUAUACUUCUUUUCACUAUGCUUCACUGUCUUCUAACUUCUGUGACCAAAUCAGAGAGACUAUUGGCUUUGGAAAUAUUUUUGAGCUACAAUAUGUGUAUAUGGAGAAAAUUAUUUCAGUUUAACUUUUUUCUGUUCUUGACAAAUGCUAUAUUGGCUUUUUUUCUGUACAUAUUGAGGGCUUUUAUAAUUUUGUCUCUUGUACUAUCUUUCAUCAUUUUUUUAGAUACCAUUUUCUAAAAAUUCCUAUUAUUCACAAUGUGUGUUGUCUAAAUAGAUCGAGUCAACAUCAGUCUAUAAAGACCCCUGUAUGAUCACUCAUUCAUUGUAAACGAUAUAUGAUCUGCUGCCUGUACAUUGUAUAUAGUUGUAAAACAAACAAAAGCUGAUCAAAUUAAAUAAUGCCACAUGGAGAUAAAAGAGUAGCUAGGACGUAUAAUUGUAUGCAUAUAUGUACAAAAAGAACCUUUUAAAAGGAUGCAAUUGAGCUGCAUUUGAUUUACUAUUCUUCAUGAUCGGGUGUGUCAUCUUUACUUCUUUUACAAAUAUGGUAGGCUACUUGUCGGGGUUCCUUAUGAUGUAGAAAAAUAAGGGUUGGAGCCAUCUUAACAGAUGUCUAAUAGAUGUACUGUACUACUGAGAAACCUAAGCACAGUGCUGCGCAGCAGAAGUGGCACCUUGCUUCUCUGCCCCUCAAACGCCUCAUGUAUCCAUGCCCUCCAUCGAAGAGGAGCAGGCUUCUUGCCACGAUGUAACUCUGGCCUCAUGUUGUUUAGUGUUCUGCACUCUUGACAAUUUGAUCUAUUAAACUCCCUUCCACCUACAAUUUGCUUCGUGAAAUGAUGCCUAAGGGUCUUGACACAGUACCUCUCAUGGUUGCCUGGUUACCUUUUUUUUUUGUCUGCCACGUAGCACCUUCUUAAAAGCAUCAUGUCUCAACUAAGCAAGUCCACUACUUUUGGAGAUUUUGAACUUCACUGUGAUUUUAUUUUUCCCAGUAUGAUCCGUGGGUUUAAAUUAGAAUCGAAUUUUGUCUGGACGAGAGCUGCUAGAAGUUUUAUUAUGUGCUAAGUGGUUCCAGAUAUGUAUGUUGGAGCAGCAGUGUCCUUUUCUUUGUUCUGAACAGUACAGGGCUUUCUUUCGGCUUCCUUGGUCUCUUAUCGCUGAUGUUUGCCUCUGCGUGGCACAUCUUUCGGUUUCUCUCUGUAGUCACCAAUACAAGAGGCGGGGCUGUAGCGCAUCACGUCAAAUUCAUCUGAGCCCUCACUGUUUUUAAAUUCAACUUUACAUGGCAGGAUAUAAGGGAGGAAUGCAAUGGAAGUUUGUUUUUGUUUUUCCUGUUAGGACAUUUUUGAUUUUGUUUGUGGAGUGCUGCUUUAUAAGCCCAAGCAAAACUGAGACAAGCCUGUGCUACAAGCUGAUAACCACAAGGGGGAGCUGUGCAAAACGGAAGGCUGACGGGAUGGGAAAGGAAGUUUCAUAAAUCUAUUCCUGAAUGUUUUGGUUGGUGUUUGUUUGUAUUGUCUCAUUCAACCAGUAUGUACCCUUGUUAAUCACAUCUGAUCAGUUCUUUCAAUGAUACCAUAAAUUCAUGCAGUUUUAAAUGUACAAAUGAAAAUGAACCCAACAUAAGUGCUUUGGACACUGUAACUUAAAAGGAAGAAAAGAAACAGAAACAAAUACCCAUCAGGUGUGUGUGUGUGUGUGUGUGUGUGAGAGAGUGAGUGAGAGAGAGUAAGACGGAAAAUAAUCAUGCUUGAGAGAGCGUGAUGGUGUGCAACAUGUCUUUUAUCUAGAUAGGACAUGAUUUUUGGCUGCAAUUUCAACUUUCAGCUUCUGAGCUGCAUGUGAAAACCAGUGUAAAUAAUGUAAUUUCUACUCUUGACUUGAGACUCUUUGAAAUGCAAGAAAAGUUCAGUUAUAAACUCUGUCACACCACCUUCAUAGGUCAGUACUAAUAUGUACGAAAGGAAGUUGUUCAGAUAGUGCGUACAAUACUGUUAAUGUUUUGAAGAGUGAUGGAAGUCCACAUCUGUCAUUUGGAUUAAUUGGAUAAUUGAUUUAGUUUUUUUGUUACGGUGAAUUCAGUGUGUAGGGCUUGGAAGAACAUCUGAUUGCCACCCAUGUUCACUUUCCCUGUUGAAUAAAAAAAAAAAAAUGCAUCCAUUGUAUUUCAGAAACAAUCGGUUUGUAACCCCCCCGGAUCUGUCCUGACUGUAAAACUAUAUGGUGUCUGAUUUUGUUGGGGAAGGGUGGAGGCAUGAGGUUCACUUUUUCCAGUAAAGUUUGAAAUGUUGAACUGAAUCCCAGUUCCAUGGCUUCAAGGUGAGUGUGAAUGUCAGACUGAAAGUAUGAAAUGAUGAUUAAAGAUGAAAAGUUGUAAACUAUUAAAUGGGAUAUUUUCAAUUUAU